AUGCUCUUCUUUUUGGGAGUUGUUUUUUAUUUGUCUCUUCCGCCUUACAUGAAAGAGGCGGAGCCGGUGACUACAGAGGAAAGAAUGCGCGCCAGAAGCUACGGGAACUACUUCAUGGCCUUCGCCUUCGCCUGGGGAGUCGCCGGCGCCGUCUCUCAGGGACCUGCAGCAGCAGCACACAAGCAGCAGCAAGAAAGUCUUUUGCUGCGGAAGAAAACCCUCCAUUCCGACCCGCCUCUGGCAGGGGAGAUUUUGCUGUCGUGUCCUGUAGGGUUUGAGAUGAUGGAGGGGGAGUGCGUCAAAGUCCACGUCGUCAAACCCCAGGUCGUCUGCCCCUACGGCUCUUUUCAAAACCAACAAGGCGCUUGUGUCUUGACAGACUCCGUCUUGCCGGAGAGGGUUUGCCCCUCGGGGUUUGAGCCGUACGAUAAGGGCUGCGUGCGGCGCACGGCGAUUCAGCCAGUGCCUCUGUGUCCCCCCGACUUUUACCCAGUGUUUGGGGAAGGAGCAGCAGCAGCAGCAGCAGCAGCAGCAUGUCGAAAAGAAGUUGCAGAAAACCCUCUUUGGAGCUGCAGCAGCGGCACUGCAACACAACCUGGAGUCUGCGAACUCACAGAGCAGCAGCAGCCAGUCUUCCUCUGUCCCGACGGAUUCGCUCUUCAAGACGGCUCUUGCGUGCGUUGGUCUCGGAGCGCAGCAACUCUGUCUUGCCCGCCGGGCUUCGUGUUCCUGCCUGCUGCUGCUGCUCCUGCUGCUGCUGCUGCUGCUGCUGCUCCGCUGUGCGUGCUGGAGACAGAAACUGCGGGCAACCUCUCGUGCGCGCCGCCCUUCCAGCUGCAGCACGGAGUCUGCGUGCUGCGGCAGCAGCAGCAGCCGCAGCCGCAGUGCCGCGUGGGGUUUAAGUACGACAGCAGCAGGAAGCUCUGCAGCAAACUGCUGCUGGGCAAAGCCCUGGCUGUUUGCCCCGAGGGCUGGCAGUAUGAUGCAGCAGCAGCAAAAUGUCUGCAAGAGAAAACCCCCACUUUCAUUUGUCCCCCCAGCAGCAACCACCACCUCACCAAAGCAGCAGCACCAACUCUUGCUGCAGACGCAUGCGCAGCAGAAGUCACUGAGGAGCCUUUCUUUGCGUGCGCCGAGGACCAAAACACCAUUGCUGCUGCUGCUGCUGCGCCUCCCCCCGCUGCAGCUGCUGCUGCUCCUGCUGCUGCAGCGGACGGCAAAGACGGGGACCUCCUCGUCCUCCCGCAGCACGAGAAAGGGCUGCACGACCCAGCAGCAGCAGCAGCAGCAGCAGCAGCAGGGAAGGGCGUCCAGCUGGAAGAGGUGCUGCUGCCGGACCCAGUGGCCCUCCACACAAAGGACGACAAAGCAGCGGCAGCAGCAGCAGCAGCAGUAGUAGCAGCAGCAGCAGCAGCAGGGGAGGCGUACGAGGAGAGCAGCAGCAGCAAAAAGGGCUGGGGGCCCCUCAGCAGCAAAUGGGGGGCCCCCCUGCUGGACCCCCGAGCUGCGCAGCUGGCCAGCAGCAGCAAAGUGCAUGCACUGGCUUUUAAAGAAGCAAAUAAAGAAGUUGAAAAGAAAGAAAUAAAAAGAAAAGAAAUUGAAGAAAAGAAAGAAAUAAAAAGAAAAGAAACCGAAAAGAAAGAAGCAAAAGGCACAAAAGCAAAAGAAGCAGCAGCAGCAGCAGCAGCAGCAAAGACAGAAGCAAGAAGCAAAAACCUCCCGCAGCAAAAAGACACCAAAAGGGACACAACUGCAGCAGCAAAGGAGACACAAAAGGCAGCAAAAAAGGAGACAGAAAAGGAAAUCAAAAAGGAGGAAAAGAAAAAAGAUACAAAAAAAGAAAUUCCAGAAAAUGAAAAUCCAAAAGAGACACAAAAAGCUGAAUGGCAAAAAAGGGUUUGGGCCCCCCCGCAGGGCCUCGCAAGGCGGCAGCUUGCUGCUGCAGGGGCCCCCUUUGCUGCUGCUGCUGCUGCUGCUGGCAGCAGCAGCAGCAGCAGCAAAAAGAUCGGCGCGGACAAAGCCCUGCGGCUUGAGUGUCCCCCCGGCAGCACCUUGACUGCUGCUGCUGCUGCUGCUGCUGCUGCUGCUGCUGCUCCUGAGGAGCUGCUGCUUGUGGGGCCCCACAAGCUGGGCCAGAGCUCAGAGUGGGGCAAGGAAGAAAGCUGGAAGGCCCUGGAGGGCCCCUUCCUCCCCACAGCAGCAGCAGCAGCAGCAGCAGCAGCAGCAGCAGCAGCUAGCUUCGGGGGCCCCACAUGCAUGCGCAGCCUCAAAGAACCCCCCCAGGCUUCCUGCGAUAUCUCCGGCGCCAAACUGCAGCCCGACGGCUCCUGCAUGGGGCACGAAGUGGUGGAGGCGACGCCCACGUGCAGCGGGGAGUUUCUGUUUAACCCCUCGAGCGGGUUUUGCGAAGUGUCUCAUGUUGCUGCUGCUGCUGCUGCUUGUCCCGAGGGUUUGCUGUUUGACCCGCAGCUGCUGCUGUGCACUGGUGCUGCUGCUGCAGCAGCAGAACUCACCUGCCCCGAGGGCUACCAGCUGCAGCACGCGCUGCCGCAGGACCCGAAGGAGCUGCUGGGGGACCGCGACGGCGCAGCAGCAGGAGCAGCAGCAGCAGGAGCAGCAAAGAGCCGCAAGAAAGGCAAGAAGCCAGCAGCAACAAACUGGGGAAAUGUUCAUUGUGUCUUGACUGAACUUGCUGCUGUUCAAAUCAUUUGUCCUGUUGGAUAUUCUCUGGAAAAAAACAAAAUGGGAAAAGCUGAAAGCUGCGUCGCCCACAAAGAAGCCAAGCCCUCCUUCACCUGCGAGGCCGGGUACUUCCUGGUGGGCGGCGACUGCGUGAAGCACAUAAGGGCUUCUCCCACUGCUGUGGACCGCCAGGGUUUUGCUUUUCCUUGUCAGCUGCGGGGCGGCGGGGCUGCAUGCGGCUUGAAGAGUCCCUGGGUUGCUGCUGUUGAAGAAGCAGCAGUUGGAGACGCCUCCCGCUUCCCCUUCCACUCCAAGUGA